AUGGCCACCAAGAUACCAAAGUCUGUUCAUACUGGCCCAGACGACAGCUGGCACGGCGUCAUCGAUAACUCAUCCGACAAUCCAUUCCAGCCAGAGAAAGGCCGCUACCAUAUGUACGUUGGUCUCUUCUGUCCAUUCGCCCACCGUGCAAAUCUGGUGCGUCAUCUCAAGGGUCUACAAGAUAUCAUCGAUAUCAGUAUUGUCAAGCCCUAUCCCAAGGGCGAUGACAAGGGUUGGCCUGGCUGGCAGUUUCCCGAGUCGAACGAUGAUUAUCCGAACGCUACUGUGGACAAGCUGUUCGGAUCCAAAUAUUUGCAUGAAGUGUACUUCAAGGCAGAUAAAGAGUACAAGGGCCGCUAUUCAGUGCCGUUGCUGUGGGACACGAAGACCGAGACUGCAGUCAACAAUGAAUCAGCAGAACUCCUACGCUGGCUCCAGACCUCAUUCAAUGAUCUGCUUCCAUCAGAGAAGGCGAAGUUGACUCUAUAUCCCGAACACUUGCGCCAGAAGAUCGACAAGAUCUCUGACUGGAUGCAGACGGAUCUGAAUACAGGCGUGUACAAAGCUGGUUUUGCUCCUGACCAAGAAACAUACAACAAGAACAUCCCACCUGUGUUCGGUGCUCUCAACAAACUGGAGAAGCUGCUUCACGAAGGCAAAGGUCCUUACGUUCUUGGUGAACAGAUGACAGAGCUGGAUGUUCGCCUUUACGCCACUCUGAUUCGCUUUGAUACUGUCUAUGUACAGCACUUUAAAUGCAACCUCGGUACCAUCCGUCACGACUACCCAGUGUUGAACAACUGGCUCAAGGGCAUGUACUGGAACCACGAGGAGUUUAGAAACACCACAGACUUCAAGCACAUCAAAGAGAACUACACCAAAAGCCAUUAUGAUUUGAAUCCCAAGGCUAUCACACCAUUGGGACCCUGGCCUCACGUCGAGAAUGGGUAUGAGGAGGAUUGGAGCAAGCUAUCGUCGGGUAGUAUCGAUAUGCCAGAGGUCUUGGAGCAUGAGAAGACUCUGGAAGUUUGA